AUGGAUUCCUUGACAGAUGAUCUCUGGGCUUUGGUACUUGCCAAGUUACCCAUCAGGAUUUUCACAUGUUUCAAAGUUGUUUGCAAACAGUGGAAAUCAGUUAUGGAGUCUCCAUUUUUCCGUAAACAUUUCGUGUCCAUGCACGAAAACUCAUCCUCUUCUUCUUCAUGGUUGCUCAUGUCCACUGAUGGCAGAGAUGCGAUAAUGGAUUACUACCACCAAUGCGACAUUUGGGGACUUAAACGACCACUGAGCUCUUUCAUCAAGUCUGCCUUAAACGACAAGAAUCCGAACCAAAAAUACCUAGACGUAAAGGUCGUGGCGUACUCCGAUCUUGGGUUGAUCUUGAUCUAUGCAAUAUCAAAAAUCAAGGAGAAGUCAUCCCUCUAUGUGGCUAACCCGGUUUCACAUGAAUGCGUAGAAAUAUUUCUUGACCCUCUUCUUGAAAAGAGUCAAUUAUGUAUCCCGCAAUGGGGAAUAGCCACACGAGUUGAUGAGAACGACAUCCUUUUGAGUUUCAAAGUUGUUGUUGUUAAUCGAGGAUUGAGUGGUGCUAUGUUAAAUUGUCUCAUAUAUUCAUCUGAGACAGGCAUGUGGAGUCUGGACAAUACUCCCUUUUCCAAAUAUUUUUUUACUGAGAGUUCGAUUAGCUUGAACGGUAAUCUUCACUGGUUCGCCAUAAACAAGGACAGUCAAGACUUUCUAAUAUCCAUGGAUUUAUAUACUAAUAGCACGAGUUCUGAUCGAUGGCGUGUUUCACAUUUUCCUGAUUUAGAGAAAACUAUCAAAUUCGAUAGAUCUUGUUGUCGUACACCUUGUCAUGGGUUUCUCAUGUAUAUAAACAUAGUCUCUACAACCAAAGUGGAUGGAAGCCUAGAAGAGAAGUUGUGUGUAUGGAGGCUUCAGAGCGAGGGAUGGCAACUAAUAUCUCAAAUAUCCCCAGGUUCUAUCUUGACCGGUGAUUUCAUCAACUAUGCUCCUCUGACGAUAAACCCCUUUGAUGCGAAAACAGCCUACUUUUGGAGCGAGAAACAGGAAAGUAUGCUAUAUAUUAACUUACACACCGGUAAGUCUCUGACCUACAAUCAGUUUGAACUUACAAGCAACCGUCGCACUAUGAUUCCCGCUCACGACCCAAGAGCUGUUAUUUCUCUCAAAAAUACAUGCGUCGGCCUUGUCCCGUUCGUUCUCCCACAAUGGCUGUAUCGGAUCCCGAACAUGGUGGCAGUGAGAAGAGUUUAG